AUGGUGGUCUCAGGUGUCCCUAGAAUCUACCUGCUGGAACCUGCUAGAACUUGCUCCCUGGCAAACAAGGUGGACAUUGAGCUGAGUGUGAAGGGCCAGCUCUGGAAACCAGCCAGACGAGACUUCUUCCCGAUCUUCUCCGGUUCUCACCCAUUGCUCUACAACCAAAGCAAGGUCACUGUCAACCCAUCUUGGAGUGAAUCAGCCGCAGCGACAGCACCAGUACCGCAGCAGAAGACUCCAACCAGCCCCGCACAGAGCCGCAGACAGAAGGUUCUAGUGACAGGUGGAGGAGGCUACCUGGGCUUUAGCCUGGGCUCCACCCUGGCCAAGAGUGGUGCUUCUGUCAUCCUUCUUGACCUCCGCAGACCCCAGUGGGAAGUGCCCCCGGGGACCCAGUUCAUCCAGGCUGAUGUGCGAGAUGAAGGAGCCCUGUUCCGGGCCUUCGAGGGGGUGGACUGUGUCUUCCACGUGGCUUCCUAUGGGAUGUCCGGUACUGAGAAGCUACAAAAAGAGCAGAUUGAGUCUAUAAAUGUUGGAGGCACCAAACUAGUGAUCAAUGUCUGUGUCCGUCGGAGGGUUCAGAGGCUCGUCUACACCAGCACUGUGAAUGUGGCAUUCGGAGGGAAGCGCAUCGAGGAGGGUGAUGAGGACUCUGUGCCAUACUUCCCACUGGACAAGCACAUGGACCACUACUCCCGAACCAAAGCCAUUGCCGACCAGCUGACUCUCCUGGCCAAUGGGACACCUCUCCCAGGAGGAGGGUCUCUCCGGACAUGUGUGCUGCGGCCCCCAGGGAUUUAUGGGCCUGAAGAGCAGAGACACCUGCCCCGAGUGGCUAGCCACAUCAGGAGGCGGCUGUUCAUGUUCCGGUUUGGGGACCGCAAGACCAGGAUGAACUGGGUCCACGUGCACAAUCUGGUGCAGGCUCACUUGCUGGCGGCCGAGGCCCUCACCGCCUCCAAGGGCUACGUGGCCAGCGGGCAGGCGUACUACAUCAACGACGGAGAGAGUGUCAACGUCUUUGAGUGGAUGGCCCCCCUGUUUGAGAAGCUAGGAUACAGCCAACCCUGGAUCCAGGUACCUACAUCCUGGGUUUACCUGACAGCCACAGUGAUGGAGUACCUGCAUCUGGCCCUGAGGCCGGUCUGCAACAUCCCGCCACUGCUCACCCGCAGCGAGGUGCACAGCGUGGCCGUGACGCACACCUUCCGGAUCGCCAAGGCCCGCGCGCAGCUGGGCUACGCGCCAGACAAGUUCAGCUUCGCGGACGCCGUGGAGCACUACGUGCGGUCCACGGCUCGGCAGCCCCGCGGCCCCACGGCGCGGACGCUCCUGCGGCUGCUGCUUGGGCUGCUGCUGCUGCUCGGCCUCAUCAGCCUGGGUCUGCACUUCCUGCAGCCUCUGCAGGCGGCCGUGCAGCGGCUCUGA